AUGGCCAGCAACGACUACUACAACCAGGGUGGCAACUACAACAACCAAAAUUAUGGCCCUCCUCAAGGCGGCUACCCUCAGCACCCCCAAGCUGCCUACGGUCCCCCUCAAGGAGGCUACCAGCAGCAGCAGGGCGGCUACUACCCCCAAGGCGGCCAGCCGCCCAUGCAGUACCAGCAACAGCCUCCCAUGCAGGCGCCCCGGCAGAAGAAGCAGGGCGGCGGAAACUGCCUGACGGCCUGCCUCGCUGCCCUGUGCUGUUGCUGCGUUAUCGACGAGACGUGUGAAUGUUGCGCAGAAUGCUGCGAGUGCUGUUUCGACAUUUGCUAA